AUGGCGGCGUCUGUGUGCCGAGUCGGGAGCACCGUGGGUCGUGUACUUGCCAAAACCCGCAGUCCCCUCUUGCUGUCUCUAAGGCGGGGACAGGCUUCAGUUAGCUAUGCCCAAAGCCUGCUGGGAGCCCCUGAAACCCGUGUCACUUCCUUAGAUAAUGGAUUGAGGGUCGCAUCAGAAGAGACGGGACAUGCUACAUGCACGGUUGGACUAUGGAUCAGUGCUGGUAGUCGUUAUGAGAGUGAAAAGAACAAUGGAACAGGCUUUUUCCUGGAGCACUUGGCCUUCAAGGGAACCAAGAAGCACCCUCAGUCAGCAUUAGAGCAGCAGGUGGAAGCUAUGGGUGCUCAUUUGAGUUCCUACACAUCCCGCGAACACACCGCAUACUACAUGAAGACUUUGGCUAAAGAUCUGCCUAAAGCUGUAGAGCUUCUAUCGGAGGUGGUGCAGAACUGUUCACUGAGUGAGGCGGAGAUUGAGCAGCAGCGGGGUGUAGUGCUACGCGAACUGGAAGAAGUCGGAGGCAACCUGCAGGAGGUUUGUCUUGACCUGCUGCAUGCAACUGCCUACCAGGGCACUGCACUUGGCCACAGUGUGCUGGGACCAUCCAACAAUGCUAGAACCAUCACCCGCCAGGAUCUAGUGGAAUACAUCAACAGCCAUUAUAAGGCUCCUCGCAUGGUUCUGGCUGCAGCUGGAGGUGUGAACCAUGAAGAGCUGGUUAGUUUGGCCCAGUCACAUUUCAGCGGAAUGUCCUUUGAAUACGAGGGAGAUGCUGUUCCUGUGUUGUCGCCCUGCAGGUUUACUGGAAGUGAGAUUCGCAUGCGUGAUGAUGGUCUGCCACUAGCACACGUUGCCAUCGCAGUGGAGUGUGCUGCUGCUGCUAGCCCGGACAUUGUGCCUCUCAUGGUGGCUAAUGCUGUCAUCGGAAGCUAUGACCUCACUUGCGGUGGGGGAAAGAACAUGAGCAGCCGUCUGGCCCGCCUGGCGGCAGAGGAAAACCUGUGUCACAGUUUCCAGGCGUUUUACUCACCUUACAGUGACACCGGCCUGCUGGGCAUUCACUUUGUGACUGAUAAGCAUCACAUUGACGACAUGAUGCACUGGUCCCAGAAUGCCUGGAUGAACUUGUGCACCACAGUCACCGAGAGUGAUGUAGCCCGAGGCAAGAAUGCUCUGAAAGCUGGAAUGGUGGGACAGCUCAACGGAACAACACCAAUUUGUGACGAAAUCGGCAGACACAUGCUGUACUACGGACGUCGCAUUCCUCUGGCCGAGUGGGAUGCUCGCAUCGACGCUGUGACCCCCAGGAUGGUGCGUGACAUUUGCUCUAAAUACAUCUAUGAUAAGUGUCCAGCUGUGGCAGGUGUCGGCCCCAUAGAGCAGCUGCCUGACUACAACAGAAUGCGCAGUGGCAUGUACUGGCUGAGGUUUUAA